GAGUUCAGAGCAUACAGUGGAGUCUUCUCAGGGAAGAUGUCGUCUCUGACAAUGAAAACCUGUUGUCUGGACAAAAGAGGAAGUUUCUUUAAGCUCAUUGACACAAUUGCCUCAGAAAUCGGAGAACUGAAACAGGAGAUGGUACAGACAGAUCUCACGCUGGAAGAUGAGUCUGCUGAUUUGCGAAGGAUAUUUCUGGUGAGGAAAUCUGCGAGACUGCAGAAGAAAGUCAUCUCUCUGCGUCUGCCCAGCGACUGUGGGUCCUGCCUGAGAGAAUUUGCCAUCAAAGAAAGUACAUACACAUUUUCCUUGGAGGGGUCUGGAAUAAGUUUUGCUGAUUUAUUCAGACUUAUUGCUUUCUACUGUAUUAGCAGGGAUGUCCUUCCAUUCACACUGAAGUUGCCUCAUGCAAUUGCUGCAGCAAAGACAGAAGCUGAACUUGAAGACAUUGCUCAGCUUGGACUGAACUUUUGGAGCUCCCUGGCUAACAGCAACCCCCUGGAUCCUUCACCUCCCUGCAGGCCUGUGCCUUUGGACAGUGCUCGUAAAGCCUCGCGCCAGCUCUGCCUUAUAAAUGGAGUGCAUUCUAUACGAACCAGAACGCCCUCGGAGCUGGAGUGCAGCCAGACCAACGGAGCGCUGUGCUUCAUUAAUCCCCUCUUCUUAAAAGUGCACAGCCAGGAUGUCAGUGGAAGUCUGAAAAGGCAGAGCCCGAGAACUCCAGACGUGAAUGGCACGGCGAGGCCUCGCUCCCCCCCGCCCCGGCCGCCACCUCCUGCUAUUAAUAGCACCCUCACGAGCCCGCGGCUCUCCAGGACUAUAAAGCAGGCGAGCAUGCCAGAAACAGCGAACCAUAAGAAAGAGAGAGGCUCGGAUUCGUUGCAGAGCAAGCCAGCCCCGAUUCCGCCUCCUCGGCUGAAGAAGCAGGCUGUUUGCUCCGAGGCCGAAGGGGGCCCGAAGGCGGCGGCCGCUCAGCCCGGCUCGGCCCGCGGGCCCGGAGCAGCAGCCGGGCUUCCAGGUGAAACCCCGCCCGAGCCCGCUCCCGCAGCUCCCAAAAAGACGGCGGCUACCACCUCUGAGUCACACAUCCCGUGGAAUGGAGGCAGGCAGAGACUGAGCGACAUGAGCAUUUCCACCUCCUCGUCCGACUCGCUGGACUUCGAUCGGAGCAUGCCGCUCUUCGGCUACGAGGGGGACACCAACAGCAGCCUGGAGGAUUUCGAGGGGGAGAGCGACCAGGAGAGCAUGGCACCCCCUCUGAAGCCCAAGAAGAAAAGAAGCAGUUCCUUUGUUCUCCCCAAGAUUGUGAAAUCUCAGCUGCGGAAAGUCAGUGGAGUUUUCAGUUCCUUCAUGACCCCCGAAAAGAGGAUGAUUAAGAAAAUUGCAGAGAUGUCCCGGGACAAACGCACUUAUUUUGGAUGCUUAGUACAGGACUAUGUCAGCUUUCUCCAGGAAAACAAGGAGUGCCAUGUUUCCAGCACUGAUAUGCUGCAAACAAUUCGUCAGUUCAUGACCCAAGUCAAGAACUACCUGUCCCAAAGCUCCGAACUCGAUCCCCCAAUCGAAUCACUGAUUCCCGAGGACCAAAUAGAUGUUGUCCUGGAGAAGGCCAUGCACAAGUGCAUUCUGAAGCCGUUGAAGGGUCACAUUGAAGCAAUGUUGAAAGAGUUUCAUACCACGGAUGGUUCCUGGAAACAACUCAAGGAAAACCUGCAGCUGGUGCGGCAGAGGAACCCUCAGGAACUGGGCGUGUUUGUUCCCACCCCAGACUUCGUGGACGUUGAAAAGAUUAAAGUCAAGUUCAUGACUAUGCAGAAGAUGUAUUCCCCUGAAAAGAAAGUCAUGCUGCUGCUGAGAGUUUGCAAACUGAUUUACACUGUUAUGGAGAAUAACUCAGGGAGGCUGUAUGGAGCUGACGACUUCUUGCCCGUGCUGACGUACGUGCUAGCCCAGUGCGAUAUGCUGGAGCUGGAUACUGAGAUCGAAUACAUGAUGGAGUUGCUGGAUCCAUCUCUGCUGCAUGGAGAAGGAGGCUAUUACUUGACCAGCGCCUAUGGAGCACUUUCACUGAUCAAGAACUUCCAGGAGGAACAAGCUGCCCAACUCCUCAGUUCAGAAGCCAGAGACACUCUGCGGCAGUGGCACAAGAGGAGGACAACUAACAGGACAGUGCCUUCAGUUGAUGAUUUCCAGAACUACCUUCGUGUUGCAUUCCAGGAAGUGACCAGUGGGUGUACGGGAAAGACCUUACUAGUAAGACCAUAUAUCACCACCGAAGAUGUGUGUCAGCUUUGUGCUGAAAAGUUUAAAGUGGACAAUCCAGAAGAAUAUAGCCUGUUUCUUUUUGUUGAUGACACCUGGCAACAACUGACGGAGGAUACCUACCCUCAGAAAAUUAAGGCGGAGUUGCACAGCCGUCCACAACCCCAGGUCUUUCACUUUGUCUACAGGCGCAUCAACAGUGACCCAUAUGGGGCCAUUUUUCAAAACAGCAAUGACUCACCUUCCUAAAACCAGCCACUCAUCAUUUGAAUUUCUGUUUCUUGGUAACUGUUACAAGCAUCUUUGUCGCUGCCUUCCUUAGGAGCUCAGACGUGUCUUAAACCAUAAAGCCUAGUAAAACACAUGCUGGCAUUUCUGGCAUUGCUUACAAAACCCGUGUUCUCAACACCAUGCACACGGCCAGUUAUGCAGAAUAUUCCACCAGCAUGUUUGAGGGAAUAGCCCAUGAGGCUACAUUUCUUGUACCACAGGCUCUUUUGCAGCAUAUGACACUGUGGCCCUUCACAGAUCUUUGCUGUAGUGUGCAAAAAUCUAUUUUCUUACACUCAUUGUUUAGCCAAAUGUCAUUUCGAUUUAAAUCUGCAUGCUAGACAAGGAUUUCAGUAAACUGGCUGGUAUGAGCUCAGUUUUGCCAGGAGUUUGACAAGACUGUCCGAUGCAGGGCAUCAGUUAACUCAUAAUUACCUGGAUGAUUGCAUCCUUUUCUAAUUUUUUUGAUUACAGAAAAUCAUCAUGUUUAUAUAUAUAUAUAUAUUAUACAUAUAUAUAUAUCAUAGAAAUUUUAUAGCAGUUGCAGGUAAACUGUCAGGGUUGGUUUUUUUAAAUAUUUUUUUAACUAUAAAGUAUUCUAUAAUUAUGCAUGUGAUUUUAACAUUUAAUAUACAAGAAUAAAUCUCUUGCUGGUUUUAGAGUAUUGCAUUAAAAGUAUAUGUGUUCUCUCUUCUUUCCCUGUUCCAGGAGAGCUCUUAUGUAACUUGUGUCAUGUGUAAGAAGAUUGUAACAUCGGCACUGCCGAUUCCGGUGCCUUUACCUGAACCUGAUGUAUUGUUACCUGUAUUAUUGUUUAUAUGCAUCGU